AUGGAUCUCCCAACACCCCCUUCAUCAAUGAAAGCCUGGCUUUACAGCGGCACGAGUUCGGGCCUGGAGAAGAACCUGUACCUGGACUCCUCCGCGCGUGUUCCGCCCGCUCCAUGCGGCGACGAGGUGCUCGUGCAAGUCCUUUCAACCGCGCUCAACCCAGCCGACUUUAAAGUCCCUGAAAUGGGCCCACAUGCCCGCCACCUUGUCAUCGGUAUGCCAGCGUCUCCAGGAAUGGACUUCUCCGGGCGUGUGGUGACUAGCGGCCCCGGCGCGGGUUUCAAGCCCGGCCAGCUUGUCUAUGGGUGCCAUAGUAGGCCAAUGAAGUUUGGCGCGCUCGCUGAGUAUCUCUCUAUCUCGGCAAAACUCAUUGCGCCUGUUCCAGAGGGCGUCAGUGUUGAUGAUGCGGCGAGUCUAGGAAUUGCCGGGCAGUCGGCCUAUCAGGCUUUAGAUGGCUACGUGAAGGAGGGUGAUAAGGUGUUUAUUAAUGGUGGCUCAGGAGGAUGUGGGAUUUUUGCCAUUCAACUUGCUAAGCAUAUGGGAUGUUUCGUUGCCGUGACUUGUUCGACAAAGAAUGUUGAAUUAUGUUAUAGGCUUGGAGCCGAUGAGGUCAUUGACUACACGGCCGUUGGUGAUGUUGUCGGGGCUUUGAAGAAGAAGGGGAUCAUAUAUGAUCACAUCCUCGAUCAUAUUGGCUUGCCGUCGAAUCUAUACUUCCAGUGCCAUCAUUUCCUAAGGCCUGGUGGUGUAUUUGUGCAGGUUGGGGCAUCGGCUUUGACCACCUUCGUGGGCAGAGUGGCGUGGCCUUCUUUCCUCGGUGGUGGAAAGAGGAAAUAUGUUGUCUUCUUCUUCAAAAAUACCCAAAACCAUACGGUCAAGCUUGGAGAGCUAGUUCAAAAAGGUGUUCUCAAGUUGCAGUUUGACAGCAAGUAUGAAUUCGAGGAUGCUAUUAAGGCAUUUGAAAGACUUCGCUCGGGGCGUGCUAGGGGCAAGGUUCUGGUUCAUGUGGCCAACAGUCAAGGCACGGCCGCGGUUGUCAAUGACUUUUUGUUUCAAUAG